AUGGGACGAACCAUGGAGGAUGCCUCUAUUGGCAUCAUCGGCAUGGGUGACAUGGGCAAAAUGUAUGCCCAGCGUCUCAGUGCUGCCGGAUGGAGGAUAAACGCGUGUGAUAGACCUGAGAAUUAUGAAUCUUUGACACAAGAGUUCGCUUCUCAACAAAGGAUCACCAUAUUCCCGAAUGGACAUCUCGUUUCCAGACUUAGCGAUUUCAUUCUUUACAGCGUAGAGGCUGGUGUCAUCGACCGUGUCGUGGCACAGUACGGGCCCUCAACCAAGGUCGGGGCGAUCGUUGGUGGUCAGACCUCCUGCAAGGCCCCGGAGCUUGCUGCCUUUGAAAAGCACCUACCGUCCGAUGUAGAGAUCGUAUCAUGCCACUCACUGCAUGGACCCAAAGUCAAUCCGAAGGGUCAGCCUCUGGUCCUAAUUCAGCAUCGAGCCUCGGAUGAAAGUCUUCAAUUCGUCGAUCAUAUCCUGUCCUCCUUUGGAUCCAAACAUGUCUACAUUACCGGCGAGAUGCAUGAUCGAAUUACUGCCGAUACCCAGGCCGUUACUCAUGCCGCCUUCCUGAGCAUGGGAACCGCAUGGCAGGCCAACAACCAAUUCCCUUGGGAAAUCAACCGAUGGGUGGGUGGCAUUGAGAACGUGAAGAUCAACAUCACUUUGCGCAUCUAUGCAAACAAGUGGCAUGUUUACGCCGGUCUCGCUAUCCUCAAUCCGGCUGCCAAGCAGCAGAUUCGCCAGUAUGCCGAGUCAGUCACAGAACUCUAUAAACUCAUGCUUGGAGGACAUCGCGAGGAGCUCAAACAACGAGUUAAGGCGGCCGGAGCUGCCGUGUUCAAGGAGGGCCAGGAGGCACAAGACCUCUUGCUGAAGGACGAAGUCCUAGACCGGUUCUCUCUGUCCAACCGGUCUCGGGAGAAAUCGCCUCCCAACAGCCAUCUCAGUCUACUCGCCAUCGUGGACUGUUGGUCCAAACUUGGCAUUGUUCCUUAUGAUCAUAUGAUCUGUUCGACCCCGCUCUUCCGACUAUGGCUUGGUGUUACUGAAUAUCUGUUCCGUAACCCUGAACUUCUCGAGGAAGCUCUGGACACUGCGAUUGAUGACAAUACAUUCCGCUCGGAUGAUCUGGAGUUCACAUUUGCCGCUCGGGCCUGGUCGGACUGUGUCUCUUUCGGCGACUUUGAAUCCUACCGCGAUCGUUUUGAGCGGAUUGCCUCAUACUUCGCUCCUCGUUUCCCGGAGGCUUCACAGCUUGGUAACGAGAUGAUGAAGACGAUCUUGGAGAAGACAACCAACAAUCCCUGA